AAAAACCCAUAACCUAAGAACCCUAGCACAGUCCAAUACGAUCCUAACCCACGUCACAAACACAUCUUGAAUCCAUCGAUUCAAUAAAAAAAACUCAAACUCCCAGUUGCGAAAAAUGGCCAAAGACGGUCUCUCAGACUCUGAAACACAAGAAAACGACUCGGAUUCAAGCUCAGAAGAUCUCGAAACCCCAGGAAAUGGGGCGACCCAGAAGGUGUCAGACUAUGAGAAGCAAAGAAUGCAAAGAAUUGAGGAGAACAGAGCGAGAAUGAAGGCUUUGGGGUUGCAUAAAAUGGCGAAUUCUUUGAUGGGUUCGGUUCAGAAAACAAAGAAGAAGAGUGAGAAGGGAAAACGAAAGGUGGGAGAGGAAGAUGAUGAGGAGUAUAGGCCAGAGCGUGAGGAGGGGCUGAGUCUUUCCAGUGAAGAGGAUGAUAAUAAUGGUGAUGAUGAGCCUUCUGGAUCUCGAAUGAAGAAGGGAAAGAAAAAAAAUCCAACACCUAAGAAGAGUUCUGUUGUCCAAAAGCCUUUGAGCAACUCAGAUUUUGUUGACAUUGAUGAUGACGCCUUAAUGCAGGCAAUUGCUCUUUCACUACAGGAUUCUACAGGGGUUUUGGAUAUGGUGAACAAUGUUCCUUCUCAAAGUUCUGCUGCACAUAUAGUAGAGGGUAUGACUAAUGAAGGAAAGGGCACCAGCUAUUCUCAGGAAGAUACAGGAAAGAGGAAGAGAAAAAAAUCGCAAAAUUCUAGUCGAGUGCAAAUGACUGAAGAUGAGUUGGUUGUACACUUUUUUCAAUUUGACGAAAUGGGGAAAGGGAGCAUAACUCUAAGGGACUUACAGAGAGUAGCAGCUGCCCAUGAUUUUACUUGGACAAACAAAGAGAUAGCAGAUAUGAUCUAUUGCUUUGAUAGUGAUGGUGAUGGGAAGCUAAGCCUUGAUGAUUUUCGCACAAUUGUUGAUCGAUGCAACAUGGUACAGAAGACUGAAACUACCAUCGUGACUUCAAAAGCAUGAUUAGCCAGUUGGGUAUCGUAUUUCUCCAGGUGAACUUUUUUCAAGAAUUAUACCGAACUUUAUGCUGCCAAUUGAAUUCACUUCCUGUAGCUCUCAACCAAUCGGACGAAAUGCCUCUCGGACAAAAUCACUUAUCGCAGCACUCGAUUUAGGAAGUCUUAUGAAUUACGGGCAGAACCCUGGCACCAGAUAGCUCUCCUCGGCCUCCUUGGUGGCCCUCUUCGAGGUUCAGCUCCCUGACGGCAAAGCUCUCUGAAUUGCUUAUGUUUACGUUCUGGCCAAUAUUUUUGAGUAAACUACACAUAUGACCUUCAAAGUAUGAUCUUUAUGUCAAAUAAGUCCCUAAAUUUUUUAUUUUUUUUGGUAUCAAUUGAGCUCCUGAACUAUCUAAUUAUAUCAAUUAGAUACUUCUGUUUGCUUCCGUUAUAGUGCGCCCUCACGUGAUUAUAUGGCACAAAAAGAUAAAAUGGCUCAAUUUAUACAAUUAGAGUUUAGGGUUCAAUUGGC